AUGAAAUCGGCGAACGUGUUACGAAUAGGAGAUCAAGCGGCUGAUGGCUCGAUUUACAUGGGCCAGGCUCGAGUCCCCGUUCCAAAACCAACACCUGAGCGUGGAGGGCCUUUCACCCUGAAAGACUUCGAUAUUGGACGACCAUUGGGCAAAGGCAAAUUUGGAAGCGUCUACUUGGCCCGAAUUCGAGAAAACGGCUUCAUUGUUGCAUUAAAGGUUCUCUUCAAGUCACAACUCGAAAAGGGCGGUUGUGAGCAUCAAUUGAGACGCGAAGUCGAAAUCCAAUCUCAUCUGAGCCAUCCAAACGUCUUACGCAUGUACACUUACUUCUGGGAUUCGAGCAAGAUCUACUUGGUGCUCGAAUACGCAGAGGGUGGAGAACUCUACAAAUCACUACGGACAAGGAGACGUUUCGAAGAAGCGGAUGCAGCAGUGUACAUGCAUCAAAUGGCCGACGCAUUGAUCUACUGUCACUCAAAGAACGUGAUUCAUCGAGACAUCAAACCAGAGAACUUACUAAUUGGAUCGCUUGGGGAACUCAAAAUAGCAGACUUUGGCUGGUCAGUCCAUGCUCCCGGAAAGAAGCGCCAAACCAUGUGUGGAACGAUGGAUUAUUUGCCACCCGAAAUGAUACUUGGCCACCGACACGGCGAACAUGUGGAUUUAUGGUCGCUCGGCGUCUUAUGCUACGAAUUUCUCGUGGGAUCUCCACCCUUUGAAAGCGAUGAUACACAAGUUACUUAUCGAAAGAUUCGACAUGUUGAUUACCAGUUCCCGUCAUCAACUUCUGAAGGUGCUCGCGAUCUAAUUCGGAGACUACUAGUGUUCAAUCCAGCUGAUCGACUGACGCUUCAAGGGGUGAAGGAUCAUUCUUGGGUAAAAGAUCACGUACGAGCCCGGCGUGAGCGGCGUGAACGAGAGGAAAAGUACAAAGAACGAAGUGGUUCAGGUUCUCGACUUGCCAAA